CUACACCAAAUUAGCUCUUACUACGGUCUAUAAUUAUAGUACUUGAACCCGCUCCACACUAUGCUGCAAGACAAGCGUCCGAGCCCACCCUCCUUCCUCGCUCCUCCUCCGACGUCGUCCUCAAUGGCCAAGCGGCUGAAGCCCGACGCCGCCAUGAGCAGGGACAGGAAAGACAAGCAGCUGGGAGAGAAGAUCGUGGCUCUGCAGCAGUUGGUCUCUCCGUACGGCAAGACCGACACGGCCUCGGUUCUCCAGGAAGCCAUGGACUACAUCUCCUUCCUUCACGACCAGCUUAAGGUGCUAAGCGCUCCCUAUCUCCUCUCCGCCUCCGCCGCCGGUCCAGGUCCAGGUCUGCGAGGCAGAGGGCUCUGUCUUGUUCCGGUGGCCGCCACGGCUGCUAUUGAUCGCACCAAUGGGGCGGACCUCUGGGCUCCCACCAAGACGGCGCCGUCUGCUUCUCCCAGGAUCGAGAAGCUACCGCAGCAGCAGCCAAUUUCAGCCUAUCAUUUUUUAGGCCGAUAGAGAAGCUAGCUAGCCGUGCAUUUUGGGUGCAACGAGGUUCGCUGAUUGUAACUAGUUUUGCAAAGCAGAAGUACGUUUAUGUGAAACUUCAAACCAAGUUAAGGCAGGACUUUUGGCAGACAGAAAUUAUGAAGUCAUAUUAAUGGGAGAGAAUAAACAAAUGUUAUUCGG